AUGGCAUACUCUACCCCGACAGUGGCCUUCGCCCUCGUGGGCGCCUUUAUCCUGUUGUACCUUGUUCUCCCGCUGGGCAAGCGGUCCAGCAGUGCCGUUUCACUGCCUCCUGGUCCCAAGCCCGCGCCUGUGAUCGGAAACAUUCACCAGCUACCCAAGAGCAUGCAAUGGCUGCACCUGUAUCACCUGAGCAAGGAGUAUGGGCCUAUUAUGCACUUCAGCAUGGCGGGGAAGCCGCUCAUAAUCUUGUCUACGCAUGAGGCUGCGCACGACCUGCUCAACAAGAGGGGUGCCAGGUACUCGGAUCGCCCGAGGAUGGUUAUGGCCGGGGAGCUGGUAACGAGGGGCAUGCACCUGCUGCUGCGCCAGUACGAUGACCAGUACAAGCUGCAUCAGAGGAUGGAGGCGCCGCUAUUUACACCCAAGUCAGCCAGCAUGUAUCGUCGCCUGCAGGACUUGGAGAGCCAGCAGCUGUUGCUGGAUGAGAUCACGGAGAUGGAGACGCAUGGCGAGAAGGGUGUCAAUUUUCACCAUCACCACGAGCGCGCCAUGGCCAGCACCGUCUAUUGUCUCAUCUACGGUUACCGCCUCAAGACAGGCUACGAGCAGUCUUUGCAGGACGGUAAGAAGGUGGAAGCCGCGUUUGUCAGGACAGGCCAGGUUGGAGCCUACCUCGUGGACUCGAUCCCCGCCAUCAAUCGCUUGCCACGCUUCCUCGCUCCGUGGAAGAAGGAGGCUGAUGAGCUGUUUGCGCUUGAGUGUAAUCUACACGAGGGCAACCUGCACAAGGGUCUAUCAAACCCUGGCUGGAACUUUAGCAAGCACAUGAAAGCCUCGCCCGAGGGCAAAGACAUGGACAAGACAGAACUAGCUUUUGAUCUGGGUGUCCUCGCGGACGCAGGCCUUGACACUUCCACUGUUGCGCUCGACUGGUUUAUUGUGGCCUGGGUUACCAGCGGCAGUACAUGGGUGUCCAAAGCACAGAAGCUGUUGGACGAGGUUGUGGGCAAGGAUCGCAUGCCCACGUUUGACGAUCGCCCCAAGCUGGCCUUCAUCGAUGCCAUCGUCAGCGAGACCCUACGAUGGCGUCCUGUUGCCGCGGGUGGCGUGCCGCACUUCACCAAGACGGAGGACUCGUACAUGGACUACCGCAUCCCGGCCAAUUCCAUUGUUCUGCCAAAUUCUUUUGCCAUCUGUCGUGACGAGUCCGUGUUCGGCGCCAACCCCAACUCAUUCGACCCCGAGCGUUGGAUGACAGGCGACACGACACAGCCUCCGACCGUGGAUGCCUGCGGUCUCAACACGAGUGACCUCAAGGACCUGCCCCAGACGGGCUUUGGAUACGGUCGUCGUAUCUGCGCCGGCCGUAUCAUUGCCCGAAACCAUCUCUUCAUCGAGAUGGCGCGCAUGCUGUGGGCCUUUGACGUCGAGGCUGGCAUCCGCGAGGAUACCGGGGAGAGGUAUGUCGUCGACGACAUGGACUGCACCGAGGGCUUUGUCACGCUGCCCAAGCCUUUUAGGACGGUGAUGAAGGUGAGGGGUGAGUAUGUCACGAGGAUUGUCAAGGAGAGAGGUACCACCCACAACAUUGACCAUGCGGCUGUGCUGGAGCAGAUGAAGGUGCAAAGGAACUGA